ACAUGCAUGCUGUUAACAUCGUCAAUAAAUUUUAUACAACAAAUUAUCAAGAAAUAAAAAUUAAAAUCAAAUUUGGAAUAUUUAGAGAACGUAAGAAGUCAAAAAAUUGAGUAUUCCGUGCAGUAAGAAAUUGUCGGAGUAAAGCAAAUAAAAAUUUAAACGCAGUUUUCUAUAAAUUUCCGGAGGCUGGUGAUCGUUCAGUGUUAUUAGAAAAUUUUUUGGAUAAUGUAGAAAAAGUUGAUAAAUUAAAAACGUGGCAGAAGUUAUUAAAAAUAAAAAAAGUCACUUUUCAAAUGAAAGUUUGUUCCUUACAUUUUAAAAAAACCGAUUAUAUAUUGCCAGAUACGUUUGUAAAGUUUAACCUAAAACUUAAAAAAAAAAUAUUAUUUUUGUUUUUUCAAUUAUUAUAAUUAAAAUACAUCUGUCUUUCAUGCAUAUUAUUUAUAUUAAUAUAUAUAAGAAUAUUUGAAUUAUGGAAAAUAUAAAAGAUGAUAACAAUAUUUCAACAUCAAGAACUGCUGUUUUAAUGCCAAGUACAUCUCUACCAAAUGAAACUCCAAAAAUUCAAGGAUAUGAUUGGAAUCAAGGCAUUAAUUAUCAUAAUUUAUUUGAAAAUUAUAAACAUUCUGGUUUUCAAGCUACUAAUUUUGGAUUAGCGGUAGAUGAAAUUAAAAAAAUGAUAGAAACUAAAAAAAUUCCAUUAAGCGAAGAACAAAAUGACAGGUUUGAAGAAGAUGACUUUAUAAAGAGAGAUAGUUCUUGUACUAUUUUUUUAGGAUAUACGUCAAAUAUGGCAUCAUGUGGUGUUCGAGAAUCUAUACGAUUUUUAGUGCAACAUAAAAUGGUUGAUUGUAUCGUAACAACUGCUGGUGGUGUGGAAGAAGAUUUAAUAAAAUGCCUAGCUCCAACAUUUUUAGGUAAAUUUGGAUUGGAUGGUAGAGAUCUUCGAGACAAAGGAAUAAACCGAAUAGGAAAUUUACUUGUUCCUAAUAAUAACUACUGCCUAUUCGAAGAUUGGUUGAUGCCUAAAUUAGAUAAAAUGCUUGCAGAUCAAAAAGAAAACGGAAUGUUGUGGACACCUUCUAAAAUAAUAGCAAGACUUGGUGAAGAAAUUGACAAUCCAGAAUCAAUUUGUUAUUGGGCAGCAAAAAAUAAAAUUCCUAUUUUUAGUCCAGCCUUGACAGAUGGUAGUCUUGGAGAUAUGAUGUAUUUUCAUUCAUAUAAAAAUCCAGGACUUAUUGUUGACAUUCUUUCCGAUUUAAAACGAUUAAAUACAAUCGCUGUUAAAGCAAUCAAUACUGGUAUAAUUAUAAUUGGUGGUGGACUCAUUAAACACCAUAUUUGUAAUGCUAAUUUAAUGAGAAACGGAGCAGAUUUCGCUGUAUUCUUAAAUACGUCAUCUGAAUUUGACGGUAGUGACAGUGGAGCACGACCAGAUGAAGCAAUAUCAUGGGGUAAAAUUCGUAAAAACGCCACGCCAAUUAAGAUAUAUGCUGAAGCUUCUCUUGUUUUUCCUCUACUUGUCGGUGAAACAUUUGCCCGAGAAUUUCACUCAACUAAAAAUUUAUCAUCUUCAAGCACCGAAGGAAUCAAAAUAAAUAAUUGUCACGACAAAUGAUCAAAUAUAAACACUAUUGUAAUAUA